CGCGCCGCGCCUCCACUCAGGACAAGCCGGACCCGCGGAUCAGAGCUGAGCAGAGCGAAGCGACGGCAUCGACAUGAAGAUCGCACUGGCAGUGGUGUCCGUGCUGGCGGUGCUGGCGGCGUGCACCGCCUACCCCUACGCCCCGAAGCAGGCCACCACGCCGGGGGCCUUCAUCGGCGAGGGCAUCAACGGCAUCGCGGCCGCCCUGCUGCAGGACUCGGCCGACAAGAACUGCAACGCGGCCUACUCCCCGCUCGGCUACUCCGCCAUCCUGGCCGCGCUGGCCGAGGGCGCCAGCGGCAAGACGCGCUCUCAGAUGCUGUCCGCCCUCAAGCUGCCCCAGGACAGCUCGCUCACCAGGGCCACGUACCGGUCCGUGCUCAGCAGAAUGAGGGAGAAGAACACCGUGGGCAAGCCCGAGUUCCGCAGCUGGUUCUACGUGUACGCCAAGAGCAUCCAGCUCGAGGUGCCCUUCACCAAUGUGCUCAAGGACCACUACCUGAUGGACGUGCGCGACAUCCAAGCCAUCGAGGAGGACACGCCUGAGGAGUUCUUCGUCAACAAGGACGACGCACCCGCAGCCGCGCCUGCCCCGGAGGCCCCCGUUGCCCCUGAGGCUCCCGCAGCGCCCGCCGCUCCUGAGACUCCCGCCGCCCCUGAGGCCCCGGCCGCCCCCGCCGAGGCCAGCGAGGACAUCCAGAAGCAGCCAGCCCUGGACGAACCACUGGCCAAGCCCACGGAGGAGAUCAAGGAGGACGUCAAGGAGGACGAGAAGAAGGAAGAGCUGCCCGUCGAGGCUGCGAUCGCCCAGGACGCCGUCGUCGACGCCAUCGACGCCAUCAAGGCCGAGAUCCCCGCGAAGGAGGCCGAGGCCGCUGACGCCGUGCCGCAGCAGGAGGACACGGCCAAGGUCGGCGAGGCGGCGACGAGCCACCACGAGGAGGAGGAGGCCGUGGAGAAGCCGGCGGCCGUGGAGGACAAGGUGUCCCUCGCCAAGUUCGGCAAGGACGAGAAGAAGCCGAGCGGCGACAAGAAGAAGGACGACAAGAAGAAGGGCCGCGAGGCCGAGGACACCAACGGCCGGCAGCCCAGUGGCGGGCCCUUCCUGCUCACCACCUUCAACGCGCUGUACUACCGCGGCACCUGGCAGGUGCCCUUCGACGCCAAGUUCAAGGACGACUUCUUCGUCGGCGACGGCCGCGGCGAGACCAAGGAGGUGACCACCAUCCGCACGCAGGGCGCGUUCCGCAUCGGCGACAUCAAGGAGCUGAACGCCACCGCCAUCGAGCUGCCCUACAAGGGUGACGGUGGACGCUACUCUCUGCUGGUGCUGCUGCCGCGUGUCCAGGACGGCCUGCCCAAGCUGACCGAGGCCCUCACCAAGUACUCGUUCCGGUACCUGGCCAAGAACAUGCGCGAGAAGCAGGUGGACGUCGCCAUCCCCGAGUUCGAGAUCGACUGCAUUUCCCACCCGCAGCCCGUCUUCAAGAAGCUGGGCAUGACCUCCAUGUUCGAGAAGGAGGCUGCUGAGUUCCCCGGUAUCUCCAAGAGCCAGCGGCUGUACCUCCAGGACGACGGCAUGGCCCAGCUCGUCAGGUUCAAGGUGGACGACAAGACCGCCAUCGCCAACUACCUCUCCGCCAUGAGCAUGUCCACCCGCAGCGGGCUGAGCGUGUUCCACGCCAACCACCCCUUUGUCUUCUACCUGCGCGACAACCUGGACAACCUGACCAUCCUGGUGGGCAGGGUGACCGACCCCACCAAGCGGCCCGACAACAGCGCCUUCGAGAACCUGCCCCAGGGGCCCGCCGCCGAGGUACCCGAGCCGCCCCAGGAACCCGAGCAGCCCGAGCAGCCCGACGCCGAGUGACCCGACUCGCCGUCGCCUCGCUUCGCGCUUCGCCCCCACUGUGAUCUCGGCACCGCCACCGACGUCCCCUCCGAAACAAAAACGGGAUCGACUGAUAUUUAAAUGACCUAAUUUAUUUAUUUUUAGUUGUUUGUUUGUGCGAAAUACAAAGAGAAACUCUGCAAAAGAUGAA